CUAUCUUGCAUCCCGUGGACUUCUGUGCUUGAGAUUUACCUGUAAAGGCCUUAACAUUGCUUAUAGGACUAAAGCAUAUAAAACAGUUGUGGUAAGAAAAGACCAGCUUGUAUUUUAAAUUCUGGAAAGUUUAGAGUCACAGCAGCACUCCAGGCUACUUGUUAAAUUAAUUUAUUUUUUAUUAAAAUCCACUUAAGCCAUCAUGCUUUUUGCAUAUGUCAUUUUCUGUCACUACUAAGUAUUAAAAUUAGGGUGACCAGAUGAGAGGGAGAAAAUAGCGGGACACAUGGGGGUGUCUGCCGGCGGAGCAAAAAAGGAAAAAAAAAAAAGGAGUGCUGCCGUGGAGGGAAAAAAAAGCUAAAUAUUGGGACAAAUUGGCCAGGACACAGGACAAACAUCUAAAUAUUGGGACAGUCCCGAUUUUAUUGGGACGUCUGGUCACCCUAAUUAAAAUGCUUUUGUCAUAGAGUUUACGGUCAGGAGGGAUCACCAGCUCAUCUAGUCUGACCUGUAUCACAGACCUUGCAGCCGGCUUGGCACCAAGCCCAGCAGCCGGAAUUAGAGCCCGAUAUUACAGUCUUCAGAAGACUAAACUAUUGUGUGCCACAGGCCAAGAACCGGAGGGACUGGGGUACCACCAGUGCAGAGAAUUUAUUUGAUUAGAUAUACCCAGAUGAUCCUAGCAGGUGACCCCGUUCCAUGAUGCAGAGGAAGGUGAGUAACCCCAAGGUCCCCAGUCUGACCUGGGAGAAAAUUCCUUCCCAUUACCAAAAAUGAUGAUCAGUUAAACCCUGAGCAUGUGAGGUAGACCCAACAGCCAGGCACCUGAGAGAGAAUAGUUUGUACCACCUCAGAGCAUCCCGGCACUCCAUGUCCAGUGUCUUAUCUUCAGCUGUGGAGGAAAAAAAAGCCAAACAGAGUACCCAGGGAUGGAGAUGGGGCAGGAGAAUUUCCUCUUUGACUCCUGCGGGAGCCCGCUGUCACCACGAGCAAACGUCACAAAUCUCGCUCAUAAACGAAUAUUUAAAGUCCUCUGGUGAAUAUAAACUCUCUGGUGUCUUUCUUGGAGGUCGUUCGAUGGGUUCACGAGCCGCUGUCUCUGUGACACGUCAGAUUAGCCAAGAUGACAAUGAGGAUUUCAUUCAUGGUCUGAUAUUUUUAUCUUAUCCACUGCAUCGACCAAAGCUUCAGUCCAAACUCCGGGAUGAAGAUUUAUUUUUUAUUAAGUGUCCUGUGCUGUUUGUCUCAGGAUCAGAAGAUGAGAUGUGUGAAAAAAAAAUAUUGGAAGGUGUGGCAAGCAAAAUGAAGACCCCUACAAAAAUUCAUUGGGUUGAAAAAGCAAACCAUGGCAUGGCAGUAAAAGGACGAACACCAGAUGAUAUUAUGAUGGAAAUAAGCACACAGGUUUUUUUGUGGAUCAAAGAAAUCAUUGAACAGGAGUACAAAUAACUUCCAACUGUUGAACAUCGGUUACAUUAACCAUCACUACAUGUAAAGGACUUGUUUAACUUGCCAAAGCAUUGGAAAAGAGCUAUUCCUAUAUGAGGCCUACUUGAUUCAAUACAGAUCAUUCUGCAACUAUUAAGUGUAAACAUAAGUAAAAAAAAAUUUUAAUCCAAAACCGCUAUGCAAUAUGAACAAGGUAGUAAUACCAUUUUUAAAAGCUGAAGAUCACAAAACAUGCAAAAUAUUAACGGUGGGGCACUACUUUUCUAUAUUUUUUUACUGAUGUAUACAUUUUUUGGUCUGCGUGACCAAGCAAUAUCUGUUUUUUUUGUACUGCUUAGUUACUGUUGUUGGUUUUUCCUUCAAGGAUUACUGUGAAAUAAACUGAAUUUUCUGCUGGA